AUGGGCCGCACUCCGAGCUGCCGUGGCAAUGGAUUAUCAGACGAGGCCCUGGCGCUCAGGGCCCUGAAGCCUGUCAAGCGUCCCGCUGACUGGGGCUCCGAAUUGCCGGAGGAUCCGAUCCUCUGCUCACAAGCACCACCGGCCAUGGUGACAGGCCUCGACAAGCCAAAGCCUCCAAACACUGUGGGCACGAAGGUCUGGAGAGUUGCCGCUGAUGCCCGGGAUAAAGGCAAAAGUGCAAAGCGACCUCGGAUGACACCAACAAGUCGCUCAAUGAAAAGCUUAUCUGUCUCUGCUCCGGUGGUUGCGCACCACCUUGAAAUGCAAGCAGCAGUCUCGUGCAAUGUCCUGCAUGAUGAUGUGACAAGAGAAGAAUCCAGAGAGGGCCUCGAAGGGCCCAAAAAACAGUGCCAGUACAACAUCUUGGCUGCUCUGGGCAUUCCGCACAAAGGCCAGGAAGGGACGACCGAAGAGCAAGGAGCUAAACCACCGAAAUCGCAGGCACAGGCUACUGCGCCAAAGGCGAGAAAGAAGCAAGUCCGCUCGAAGGGGCAGCAUCCAGCUCGGGAUCUGCUCCGGCAGUUUGCGCUGCUCGCACCUUCGCGCUCCAAGAGCAAGGAUGCCGUGGAGGGAACCGUGGAAGAACGCACGGACAGUCACUCGGAGGAAGUGACCUCCGCCCUCGGAAAGGCCUUUCAGGUGCUACUGAAGACGAUGUCCGGCAACGUGAAAGUUGUCUUCAGCGGUGCUGCAGCUCGAGCAUUCUAUCGAAGUCUGGGUUUGCAGCGAGGUGGCCGAGUACGCCUUCAAGGCUUCACCUCCACACGUGAAAACGACAUGGAGGUACUGCGCUUCAAAGAUGUUCACCCUGGAGUAAGCAUCAAAGUAGUGGCCACAGCUGCAAUGUCACUCGAGGGCGAAGAGGUCCUGCGGUUGCAGGACUUGAAGGGGCACCUGGCCAAGGUGAAACGAGGUGAAGCGAAAGCAGUUGUUUCGGUGCAGGCACUGGCCGGACGCGUGGGGAAGCUGGAGCGGCAAGAGCUAGCCCUUCAGCCUGGCGAAUUUGUUCCCACCCGGACAAUCCAGCUCCAAUGCCCAUCAUCGAAUCUGGCCUGCGCAUGGCGUCUCUGGGAUGCACAGGCAGAGAAGUUUGGAGCAGAACUACAAGGACAGCGGCUCGUGAUCAACGGAGCCCGUGUUCGUGAAGCUCGUGGGGAGGCGGAGCUGACGGGCUGUGCCGGAGAUGGCCUCUUUCGGAUUGGCAGGCAAUCACUUUGCGUGCGGUCUGUCCUGCUUGCGGUGAAGCUCAGCAGUUUCGACCACCCCCUCAUAGCACAGGAGUUUUGUCCAUUCGAUGCAACAGAUGCCGCGACCUCUGUCUACAGCUUCAAGCGGCGUGCCCGCAAGUUCCAGCCAGCAACCUUGCAGUGUGCGCUUGGUGGUGCACAACGAAGCGAGGGCCAGCGAGCGCUGCUGGAAGCGAUUUUCAACGACCGUCAGCUUAUGCAAAGCAUGAAUGGUCCAGUGGUCCGCAUUCCAAUGGAUGGCCAGCGGCAAGCGAUCCCAUUGGCACUGCUUGCUGCGCUGAUGGCAGCAGCAGAUGCAGAUAAGUCCAACCCAGCCAGACGUACAGAUGUUGCUUUGUUGCCCACGCGCAAAUUGCAGAAUUUGGAUCACCUGGGCGACCAGACCAAGUGCUUGGUUUGCCUGGAAGAGUUUGCAGAUGGGGAUGAGGUAAAGACGCUGCCAUGCCUGCAUUUCUACCAUCAGAGGUGUGUCGAUCAAUGGCUUGCCACGGACAACUCUUGUCCGGUAUGCAAGACCCCGAUCGACCAACCGGAAGAUCCUCCAUCCUGA